ACCCCGCGCGGCGUUGCGUGUGCUCUAUCUAUCCGCCCCGCGCGCUUCUCCGCCAACCAACUCCCCGGCGCCUCCCUCCUCCACCAGACCACCACCCACAAACCCUUCUUAUUGAUACCAUCCACAGUCCCAGCCCGCGCCAGCCUCUGCCUCUGCCCCCCAGACUACCCCCUGCCUGCAGGCUCCUGCAACUGCAAUGUCGGCGCUCGGGACGCUCUCCGGCGGGGCCGCCGGUGUCUCCGGCCUCAUCCGCCUCCGCCGUCGGGUGGCCCCCGCGCUCGCGGCGCCGUCGCACCACGCCGCUGGGACGUUGAACUGCGCCGCCUUGCCCGAUGCCGCCCCGCUCGUCUGGGGACGCCAGCUCCGCCCGUCGCUCCUCCUCCCCGCCACACUGCUCCCGUCGUCGUCGCAGGGCGCCAGGAGGCACACGCCACGGCGGCCCGCCGCAGCCGCAGGGGAGGCCAAGUCUGUGGGUUUCCUGGAGAAGUACCCGGCCCUGGUCACUGGCUUCUUCUUCUUCAUGUGGUACUUCCUCAACGUCAUAUUCAACAUCCUCAACAAGAAGAUCUACAACUACUUCCCCUAUCCAUACUUUGUGUCCUUGAUCCAUCUAGUAGUGGGUGUCGUAUACUGCCUCAUCAGCUGGAGUGUCGGUCUCCCCAAGCGAGCGCCUAUCAAUGGCACGCUCCUGAAGCUUCUCUUUCCAGUCGCCCUGUGCCAUGGUAUUGGUCACAUCACUAGCAAUGUGUCCUUCGCUGCUGUUGCAGUCUCAUUUGCCCACACUAUCAAAGCUCUGGAGCCCUUCUUCAGCGCAGCUGCUACUCAGUUUAUCCUUGGACAGCAAGUUCCCUUCUCUCUGUGGCUUUCUCUUGCCCCUGUUGUCAUCGGUGUUUCAAUGGCAUCCCUUACUGAGCUCUCAUUCAACUGGACUGGCUUCAUCAAUGCCAUGAUAUCAAACAUCUCAUUCACCUACAGGAGCAUUUAUUCCAAGAAAGCCAUGACUGACAUGGAUAGCACCAACGUGUAUGCUUACAUUUCAAUAAUUGCUCUCAUUGUUUGCAUUCCGCCUGCAGUGAUCUUUGAAGGGCCCCGGCUAAUGCAGCAUGGAUUCAGUGAUGCCAUUGCAAAAGUAGGCUUGACAAAGUUUGUUAGUGACCUAUUCUUGGUUGGACUGUUCUACCAUCUGUACAACCAGAUUGCUACGAACACCUUGGAGCGAGUGGCUCCUCUGACACAUGCUGUGGGCAAUGUGUUGAAGCGUGUGUUUGUCAUUGGCUUCUCAAUCGUUGUUUUUGGCAACAAAAUUAGCACACAAACUGGAAUUGGCACGUCCAUUGCCAUAGCUGGUGUUGCUAUGUACUCUUACAUUAAGGCUAAGAUUGAAGAGGAGAAAAGGAAAAAGAGCGCAUGAUGAGCUGACUGCUGUGAAUAUUUUACCUUCUGCGUCUGGGACACAACAACAACAUCGUCGACAAUCAAGAUUAUGCCUUGUUUUGUAGUAUUCGUCUUGAGUCGCUUUGUUUAUUACCAAUCUAUUAUCUGGUGUUGAACAGCAGCACAUUGCAGAACAGAUGAUCGUCGAGUGACCUUCAUAUACGCCUGUAACUCUCUCUCUCUCCCUCUCUCUCAGCUCAGCAGUUUAGAUCGACUAUACUCAUUGGACAUGGACCUAUCUAUAUAUCUUCUUUGUAAACAGGACAGAGUCGGACUCCUGCUGCAGUAUUAUCAACUCAUCUAUUUUAAACUCUUUAAGUUGGAUUUAUUUUCAAUUUUUUUUGUGCUUCAAUAAAUUACUAGAUUUUAU